CUGGAGGACUGCAGGAGGAGCCUCACACCAGCACUGGCAGCUCUGGAAAAAAACUUGAAGAAUACUGCGAUGACUAACAGGAUAUUGAUGGAAAAGAAGACAGCAUUCGCCCUGAGAUUUCAGUUCAAGUGUUUCAACAAUACACACAGUCACCAUUUCGAUGUCAUGCUGUGCUAUGAUACCCUGGGCCCCAGGCCAUCCAAAGAUGACAAAGGGAUGCUGUUCAGGAGGCUGUGUAACUGCGGGCACAGUGACGAGGCUCAGCUGCUCUCCCUUUCCCUGCUGCAAUACCAGGUGGAUUUUGUGAAGGCUGCUACACUGGGAGUCAAGAAUCUAAUCCGUUUGGUUAAACACUGGUUCAGGACAUCCUUUGCCAAACCCAGCCAAGAAAACAGGUUCCGCCGGCUGCCCUCCUCCUACACUGUGGAGCUGCUCACCCUGCAUGCCUGGCAGCUGGCUGGGAAGCCCAUCUUCUUCAUCCUGCUCCAGGGCCUGAGAGCCGUCCUCAGACUCCUGCUGCGCUGCUCGGAGCUCUGCAUCCUCUGGGAUAAGCUCUACACUCCCUACUGCCAGGGAGUCAGGAGGACACUGCAGGAACAAACCAGGCCAUUUAUUCUGGACCCAGCCAAUCCGACAUUCAACGUGUGUGAGAACUGCAAUGCCUGGGACGAGGUAGCCGUGGUUGCCCGGCAGAGCCUGCUGAAGCCUCUGCUGAAUGGUGUGCAGGCGAGUGGCCCCUGGCUCCUCACAGACUCCUGGUAGAAACAGACCCUCAGGACAACACUGCUAUUCUGUAUUUCUUCAACACUGGGCAAAUGUGUUGUUUAGGAAACAAGUACUAAAAACAACACAGCCAGUUAGACAGUCUUUUAUUUAGAAAAAAUGAAUUUACAAGUGUGUCAUGCUUAAGUUGCUAAUAUGCCGGUUGUACAGAUUGUUCCAUUUUUAUUUUAUUUUGUCUUUUCUUUGCACAAGGAAAAAGCAAACCAAAAGAGAUAUUGCAUCUGAUUUCCUGUUUGAUGGCAUCACAAGGAAGUUAUGCAAUCAUGUAACUGUAAGGAGACAG